AUGAAACUAGAUGAUCUUCCUACGGAAAUACUAGAUUUGGUAUUUCUUUACAUAAAUUCAAAGGAUUAUCUCAACUUUCUUCUGAUAAGCAGUAGAAUUUACAACAAAUGCCAGAAAAAUAUAUUUAAAUUUCUUUCAGUCAGGUUGUACUACCCAACCGGAUUAACGUCUGGAUUUAAAUGUUACAAACAGUUAAGAGCAACAGAACAGCUACUUGAACAGUUACAUAAAAAACAAAUUCUUGCAGAAUCUAUAAGAUCCAUUGAAAUCAGAAACGAUAAUAAACUAUUUACAAAACCGAAUGAAGGGCCUUAUUUCCAUUUUAAAAGAUAUGAUAGACUAAGUAUGGCCAUUAUCGAUGAACUUCCUUUGCUUUGCGGUGUACGGAUGCUAUAUUGUGAAAUAUCAAAAGGACAACUGCUUGAUUUACUUGUUCAAGGGUUUCAUAACAACCUCAAGACACUUAUAAUCAAUAUUACUAGUUGCACAAUUCUGGAUUCACUUGAAAAUAGUGUUAUUGCAAAAACGAGACACAAACUAAAGUUUUUGAAAAUAAUCUAUACCGGUUCAAAACCGUUAAACUUUAGGCCGAUUAAAAUCAGAUAUAUUCGUCGUGCAAUUGGGCAAUUAAGAGAUGAAAAUGGUGAGGGAUGGUUUUCAGAAAAUAGCAUUAAUGAAACUCUUAUAGAACACAUAAAGCAGGAGAGGAAAGGUACAUUAAAAAAGCUUCUUUGUCGGGAAGAGGCAAAAAUCAAGUGCUUAGGCCAAAAACUUGCUCAGAUUGUUGCAUCAAGUUCUAAGACCUUAUUCACAAUCGAAGUGGUUGGCAUGGAUGCAAGUAUAAUAUUUCAGCAUCCAGACACUAAUAAUUAUAUGGAAAAUCUCCGUAUUAUAAGAUUAUGUGAGAGAAGUAUUCAGAAGCUUAAUCUGUGGCUAAGAGAUCUUGAAUUGCUAAAUUUUAAUAGACGCCCAACAUUGAAACCGGAUAGUGGCAAAGAAGAGUGCCUUCCACCAGUAGUGGUAAUAUUCAGUGAUAUUUUUCAGCAUUAUCCCAGUUUAGACCCAUCAGAUAAGAGAUAUAUCUGUUUGUUAAAGUGCUUUAGUCGAUCACAGGGUCACUGGAUUUCAUUAGAUGGAGCUGCGAAGGAUUUUUGGAGAAGAUAUUACUACUUUUAA